AAAUUAAAGCUAAUGACGUUUUCCCUGUCGCGUAUGUCGCCGUUGUUGCUACCUGCUAACAUAAAGUUUAGAGUGUGCGCGCGCAUUUGCCAAUGACGGCCUUACAAUUUCCGGGAAAUGCCAAAAUAGAUUAUCAUUGUCACAGACAACUUGUGCCUUACAAGCGAUCCGGCGACAUGUCGUAUCAGCAGAAAAGGUUUUACCUUUUUAACUGCGACAACACUUAUAGUUUAGAGACAGUUGAGAAGCUUUUGCUUGAGGCAGGCGACAAACAUGGCUUCAAAAUCUCGGUUGAUCGUCUUUGUUUUGGUCUGCAACGAAUGGCUGAGGUGUGCGACAGAACAUUACCUCACCUGGUAAUGGAUUAUGCUAUCUUUGUUGUUCAUGCAGACGAAUCUCGUCUUUCCAUCAACGAAGACAACGCUGGGAUUGGUUACGCGAGGCUUUACCGUGCUCUGCUUCAAAAAACAGGUGGGUUUUAAUGUAGCUCGCAUUGGCUUCCAUUCUUUCUGAGGCUAAACUUCAGAACAGUGGCAUUGUAUAUAUUUUAUAAAUUCAACGCAGACCCCAUUUAAUACCCGUCAUUAAAGAGUCUUCCAAAAAUUAACGCACAGAUAAUGGUGAUAUGAAAACAGAAAGUCAUUCAUACGUUUUAUAGAGCCACGUAUGCAAAAGGCACGGCGGAAGUGCUACGACACUUUCGAUAUCCAACUUCGAGGCCACGUGACGGAGUGCCACGUAAAGAAAUGAUGGUCUGGCACGACAUUAGAAAACCGGAAGGAUAUCUUAGAGAGAUUUCGCAAUAGUGUCCAAUGUUUUUCAUAAGAUAUUUAGGUGACAAGAGCGAAAGCAUUUCUUGGAAAGCCUCGGCCAUGACAGGUGACCACUGAAACCGGAAGCGUUUCUCAGAAAGGCGGAAGUGUUACAACACUUUCGAUACCGAAAGAUAUCAGGUGACAAGGGCGGAAGCAUUUCUGGAAAUAAUACAGGCAUGGAAGGUGAACACUGAAACCGGAAGCGUUUCUCAGAAAGGCGGAAGUGUUACAACACUUUCGAUACCGAAAGANGAGGCAGGCGACAAAUAUGGCUUCAAAAUCUCGGUUGAUCGUCUUUGUUUUGGUCUGCAACGAAUGGCUGAGGUGUGCGACAGAACAUUACCUCACCUGGUAAUGGAUUAUGCUAUCUUUGUUGUUCAUGCAGACGAAUCUCGUCUUUCCAUCAACGAAGACAACGCUGGGAUUGGUUACGCGAGGCUUUACCGUGCUCUGCUUCAAAAAACAGGUGGGUUUUAAUGUAGCUCGCAUUGGCCUCCAUUCUUUCUGAGGCUAAACUUCAGAACAGUGGCAUUGUAUAUAUUUUAUAAAUUCAACGCAGACCCCAUUUAAUACCCGUCAUUAAAGAGUCUUCCAAAAAUUAACGCACAGAUAAUGGUGAUAUGAAAACAGAAAGUCAUUCAUACGUUUUAUAGAGCCACGUAUGCAUAAGGCACGGCGGAAGUGCUACGACACUUUCGAUAUCUAACUUCGAGGCCACGUGACGGAGUGCCACGUAAAGAAAUGAUGGUCUGGCACGACAUUAGAAAACCGGAAGGAUAUCUUAGAGAGAUUUCGCAAUAGUGUCCAAUGUUUUUCAUAAGAUAUUUAGGAGACAAGAGUGGAAGCAUUUCUUGGAAAGCCUCGGCCAUGACAGGUGACCACUGAAACCGGAAGCGUUUCUCAGAAAGGCGGAAGUGUUACAACACUUUCGAUACCGAAAGAUAUUAGGUGACAAGGGCGGAAGUAUUUCUUGGAAAUACCUCAGGCAUGGAAGGUGACCACUGAAACCGGAAACGCUUUUCGGAAAGAUUUUGUAACACUGAAUUCAACAUAAACUGUAGAAAAUUUAGUAAACACACCCACGAAAUUAAAUGAUUGAUACUUUGAUCGUAAUAAAAUAGUGGGUUGAAUGUAAAUAGAGCUAUAAUAAAUAUAUUGAAAUCCUGACCUUCGUGUCAGCCAGGUUUAAUGUAUCACAUCAAAGCUCUGUAUGAAGUUAUUAAUAUAUGAAAAUCAUAAAUGUGAACUGCGGAGUGAAGAAUUAUAAAGGGUCUGAAUUAUAAAGUAGAUCAUCGCAGUUAGAGCGCAACUUUUGCAGUUGCGUCUAUAACUACAAUGAUCUUCCUUCAUAUAAUUCCUCACUCAGCAGUUUACAAAUAUGAUUUUCAUAUAUUCAUUACUUUAUCAUCAUCCUUUAACGGGUUUAUAACGAACCAAUUCAACGACUUGCUCCCAGUUGUCUCGUUAGCUUAAUUCGUAGAGCGCUGCACCGGUAUCGCAGAGGUCAAGAUUUAGAAUCCCGUACAAUUCCGAUUUUUUUUCAGGGUUUCUUUUCGCAACUGCAAAAGUUGCGUCUAUAAGUGCAAUGAUCUUCCUUGAUAGAAAACUCUGUAUACUGCUCAAUUUACAGCCAUUCCAUGUUGCCACUUUUCUUUCAGAUAAUAAAGUGCUGAUCGUGAUAGGCGGAGACAAAUAUUACAGAGAUGAAGACGAAAAAACGCGGUCUGUCAUCUCGCGCUGGGCGAGAAGGAAGGUGUCUUCCCAGUUUGGUGAAGAGUUUCUGGAUGGAAGACAAAGCUUCAUCUUCUCUUGGAAUGAAAAUCACCGACCGAUUCACGAGGAAGCGAUGUACCACUUUCUAGAACCCCGCAAAAGAGGAUGCAAGUUUGAAUACACACCUCCCAAACCCCUGCCCAAGCCCGUAGCACCUGUGGUCCCUCAACCCUUACCGAAGCCUGAACCAUCUGCGGCCCCCUGGACAACGGGCACUUACCCGAGACCGGGGGUAAAGCUAAUUUCCGUUUCCUUUCUUCCAAACAUCCUUUUUGUAAGAACUAAGGGUUAAUUCUCUAAGGAAUGUUCGGUAAAGUCAAUUCAAGAGAGCGCUCCUCCUACAACUAACAAUCCCCGGGCAUUUUUUAUUUUAAAAUAGGUUAAAUGCCCCCUAUGUCGAGCAGUUAGUAUGAGAAAUCAAAUCAAUAUUGCUUCGCUAUGAAGAACAAAAUUAUUAUAAACCAAUCAGUUAAAAAAUAUUAUCAAGUCGAGGACGAUACUUUUUGCGACAAAUUUUCUAUUCUCGUCCAAAUAUUAGCCAAAAUUAUUACCAAGAAUCUUUUUCUUAUUUACCUUAAAUUGAAAAAAAGCUGACGAUAAGCAGCAAGUUACGGUCCUUUCCGUCCCCCCCCCCCGGGGGGCAUGUGCUGCUGGCCUCUCAGAGCCCAUACCCCAUUACAGUCUAUUCUGUGGCCAAUUAUAGACCCUAUCUUAUCACUCAGAUGCGACCCCAUCCAGCUUCUCAUCCCCAUUAGCCUCUUAUAAGAAAGUACUCUCCCGGGCUUUCCCACCUUUUAAAACUAGCAGCACUUAGCAGAAACCAAACAAAAGACGUUUUCAAAAAUUUUAGGUGUGCAAAAGAUAAUUAUGUUGUUUUUCCUGGUGGACUAUAAACUCACAGAAAACACAAAAUCGCAGUCUAAUUGUUAAAAGGAAUUCAAAUAACAAGUACCAUAAAAAUCUGAAGCUGUUGAUUCAUCAUAAUUCAAAGUCGUUGAGUCUCCUUGUCUAUCCUUUUCUAGGACUUUAAAGAUGCUAAUACAUCUCACCGUAGACCCUUCAACAACUUGGAAUCACAAAAAAGUGAGUUGACAUAUGAUUUGGACAAAGGCACUUAUGAAGGUGAAAUACUCUCUCUUUGGGUGUUUGGAAAAACAUAGUUAAACUUAUAUACUACUAUUAACCUAUAAAUACACCUUUUUUUAGGAUAUUCUCCUGGUUGUCUAACCUUCAUCUCUCACUGACGAACCACCCAUACAAAAAACCGUAUUAUAGUUAUAGUGUUAAAAGUGUAUGUUUUUCCAAAGUUUAAAACGUUGUUGUUUUUCUUUUUUUAGUUGUUGAUCGUUGUAUCUAUAUUACGCCGAUGUUUAAAGUUAUCGAAUCGUAAUCUGAUAUGAUGUGGAUGUUGAUAGAACAAAUAUGCUCUGAAACGUUCCGUCUUGUAUCAUUAAUUGUGAUGAAAUAGACUAUUCUUUGCGUAAAAAAAGGUUCUUAUCUGAAAUUGUCAAUGGCCAGCUCAGAUAGUUGUCAUCUCUAUGAUAUCAUUUCCUUUCUUUCCGUUAACUCGUUCGGCUCCAUCGCAGGCGUAUUUUAGCUUCUCAGACCAACCUCGUUUCCAGUAUUCUCUCUCUUGCCUCGAGAAAGAAGGCUGGAGAGAGAACCCCAGGGAUGGUCGUCAGGCGUCCCCGCCCCCACCCCUUCGUUGCAGGGAUUAAGUACCAAGUAAAAAGAGCUUGUGCGUAGGACGCGCUUUGUUAAGAAAUAGAGUUAUAAGGCAACGUACAACAUACAUCUCAUAAACUGUGUGAUUCUUUCAUAUUCUAGCUUUGAAUAUGGGUGGUAGUGGAGUACCACCUGUUUACCUAGCAGGGACCGUGUUAUUGGAGACAUACGUGCGUUAUGGAAGCAUUUCAUUUAACCGUGAGGAUAUCUUCCAGGAGGAAGGAGGAUGGCGACCAACAGCGAAACAGGUGUCAGACCUUAUGAGCGGCUUCAAGUCCAUACCUUUGGCUAAAGUAACUUUCGUCAGUACUGGUAACGCAGGAGUUUCUUAUUCUGUUGUCAAGGUGACAAGUGACGAUUGGUGGGAGCGCUGUUUGUCAAGUUCCGGUAGAUUUCGACCGUGUUUUUCCUGGCUUAAGAGAAACUACAAGGUCUGUACUGUGGCGUGCGUUUUAAGCCUGGUUGUCUUGCUCGGGUAUUUGUGGAGUAGUAAGGAUUAGUUUAGGUGCGGUUAAUUGUUUACCAUUUACGAAGAGAUUCCGAAAAAUCUGGUUGGAAAGUGAAUGGAACUUAUAAGGGUCGAUUACCAACCGCUGUUCGGGAUAUGAGCCUGCCCCUGAGCGUGUUCUCUGGAACAUGCGUACGAUUUUUUAUGUUAUUGCAGUGGAAAAUUUCCGGGAGCAACGGAACAUCUGAAAAGGUAGUCCUGUUUUUCCGGGCGAAAGGUUCCAAGCGGAAACUUUGAUACCAUUUUCAGGCUUUCGCGGCCGUUAACUGAUUUGUGCACUAAGGAUGGUAAACACUGCCAGUUUUCUCAUGUAAAUGGUAAACAACUGUUGACUGCUAACAAGUCGCUGAGACUGCAAGUACAGAUUACAUGUAAUAUCGUAGCAACAUGUUGAUGAAAAAGACAACAAUAUUGUAGUCGAUUUAGUUCUGUCUAUCUUUCAAGACCAAGCUUUCUGGUCGCGUUGAUUAAAAGUUUAAUAAACACUUUUCAAUCCUUAUUGUUUGCUGUCUACAGACUUAUUUAUUUGUAGAAAUUUUUGUUUUUCUCCCCGACCUUCAUUAACUUGAAUAUAAAUCUGUUCACGUAAUACCAUUUCCUACAAUGGCGCUUUUGGAAAAUCAUCAAUUUUGUGACUACCUGCGUGACCUCUAACAAGUUCGGCGAGUGCGUAUUCCCGGAUGUCGUCCCAAGUUCCGGGAAAUUCCCCAACAAAGAGACGACCCUGCGACAAGUAUUGAAGUGAACACGACAUGGCGAAGCAGUUAAAUUUUUUCCUUUUUAAUUGUGACAACACUUAUAACUUAGAAGCAGUGGAGAAGUUUUUGCUUGACCUUGAGGAGAAAUAUGGCUUCAAAUUCUCGAUUGAUCGUCUCACUUUUGGGUUACCGCUAAUGGCUGAAGUGUGCGAAAAGACUUUACCCAAGCUGGCGAUGGACGUCGCUGUUUUUGUUGUUCAUGCAAACGAAUCUCGUCUCUCCAUCAACGAAGACAACGCUGGUAUUGGUUACGCGAGACUCUACCGAGCUUUGCUUCAGAAAACAGGUGGGUUUCUGGAUGUUGUCCCUUAGUUUGUUUGAGUCUGUUAACGCCGUUGUUUUAAACUUACAACACAUCUAGUUCGCAAAUUUCAUGCUGUGGAUGCCAAGUAGUAAAACUUAUAUUAAGACAUGGCAAUGCCUGCAUUAAGAAAUUUCCCAAUAGCAAACGCGUAAGUUAAAAAACUUAAAUAGCAACUUAAGUUACUGCACUGGAAAGGCGGAAGUGUUAUGUGGCACCUUUUCUCUAGCCUCGGUAUCAGGCCUUCCUAAGGGGCUAGGGGAGGGGAGAUUUUAGGACGCCUGAUACUCAGGCUACCUUUUUUCUCUCUAUAUUAAUCAAACAUUGCAGCCUAUUCUGCCUUUCACGGUUAAGGUUCUUAUUGACUGAAAUCUGCUUCAAUCCGGUUUGUGUAAAAAAAUCAGGAUAAAAAAUGGUAAAUCAAUGAAUAAAGCGUAAGAAGAGAGUAAACUACAUAGGUUGUGUUUUCACUAGGGCGAUUAACUAGCUGAACAUUCUUUCUAGGAUUUGUUUACAAACCGACUUUUCCUAGUUAAACGUGACAACUGGUUUCACUGUGAAAUUUAACCGGCAAUCUAAGCUACUUAUUCAGUGGAUUCAAAUUGCAAAAGCGCGCCACAAUAAAAAUUGAAAGGGGACGAAGUGCUUGUAAUGCCGGCCUUCUCUAGUGAUUAUUUGCGCUGUAUUUUUGCGAGGGAGAAGGAGUUUUAUUCAGCAAAUGAGGCUUAUGUCCUUACAAAUGAGGAAGAUGCGACGAAAUCUUUUAAUUCUGUCAAUCCAACAACGAAACAACAUUCAGUGCCAUAACUGGGAUAAGCGCAAGACUAUGUGGGUUUAUCCAAGACCACAAUUCUGGUUUAAGGACCUGGCCGAAGAAAUGGAGAAUCCAAUGGGGUCGGUAGGAUUGUAAAUCGAAAGAAAUGGCUGUCGGAAUUCUCUUCCAUGUUGAAUUUCUCAAGCUCAACAAAGAGGCAAUAGUCUGGAAAAUAAUAUUGCCAGAUUAUUUGGCAGGCAUCUGCCACUACGCGCGACCCGAUUGGCUACGGCGUUUAUCAGGACAAGUUAUACCAUCUCGCGAGGUAGUAUAACUCUGCGUGAGUUUCCGCUCGUAAAGGCGAGAAAAUCCCUUGUUUUUGCUUCUGAAAACGGCUUGCAUUUUUUAACUAGCUCAAACCAAGACGAGGUGUUUUCACUGUAUUUCCGGACUUUUCCGGCUUUAUCUAGUUAAAAUUGUCCUAGUGAAAACAUAGCCAUAGAGUACUUUCGAUUUCGAUCGUCACGAGGUCGCGUGUCACGGCAUGUCACCCGAAGGGCGGAAGUAUUUCUUGGAAGAUUGUCAGGCGAUACCAGUUAUUGGAAGAUCUUGCACAGUCAUUGACAAAACCGGAAGCAUUGCUUGGAAAGAAAAAACUUUGACAUGUACGAAGGAGCAAGGUACGAAACAGAGCUAAACAAAGGUGCCUGUUUCUCAUAGAUCUAGUCGUGCAGCUAAAUGUUUGUACUAGUAAACAAAAACUAAAGAAGCAAAUUUUAUUUUCCUCUGGGAAUGACCAUCACUACAAGAAAAUCUGUUACAUUUUAGAAGGCCAAGAAACAAAAGAAUACUUUUACCUGGCAAUAUUUAGAGUAUAAGGAAGUGUGUCGUAUUUAAUCAUUAUCUGAAGCAGUCAGGCCAUCCCUGACGAAUCACUUGAAGAAUAGAACUAUGUUAUUUUAGUAAAACCCAACUAGUGGUCUAUUAUCAAUGCCGCGUUCUGAUUGGUUGAGCUACUAUUAGGCUAUAUGUUAUAGCCCACUAGUAGCGAAAAGCGCCGGCUUUUUGGCGGAAAAAAGGAUUAAAGUCUAGCUUUAAGGAACUAAAAAUUUUUUAUUCUCGAUAUUUUUGAUCAAUCGGUUGGAUUUUACUAAAAUAAUUAUUCCUCUUGCCCUCAUGGCCUCUGAGUCAAUAGCCCAUUCGGCCGCUAUUGACUCAGAGCCCAUUCAGGCUCGAGUAAUAAUUGUUAAACUUUCUCACUUGUGGAAUCCUUGAUCCGGGAAAUUUUUGCACGUGGAAUCCAGGAAUCCUGGGCUUCGGAAUCCGGAAUCCAGCUAAAGAUAGAAUACGGAAUCCAAGUUCCACGGACAAAGAGUCUGGACUCCAGUAGAUGGAUCCGGAAUCCAUGGCGAGGAAUCCAAAAUGCAAGACUGUCUUGGAUUCCUUUUCAUGGGGCGUUUUAAAUAUAAAAGAACAACCACUGCUGUUUCCUUUUCAUUUGCCCCCUCCCCUAUUUCUAUGUGCUUUUCCUCUCAAUACUCCUGUCUAUUGGCUGCAGUUUCAGCAGCUGCUUUUUCGAAUGUCCAGUCUAAUAUAUAAUGAAUACAUUGUGACCAUAAUCAAACAAAGUCAAUGACAUCUUAGGUAGGAGGAUGUAUUGAUAGAUCAACAAACUAGUAAAUAUUUGAUAGAUAGAUGGUUGGUAAGUUGAGGACAUCGCCAUGGAUCAACAGAUCGUUGGAGCUAGUAGAUCGAUGGAACUGUUAUUAAGCCCCGUUUUUUUUUUACUCGGCAGGGGCGUAGCCAUCCCAUGGACCUGAAGGCCUGGGCCAACAAUUUUUUGGUUUGAUCACUUUACCUAAAUGUUACACAUCUCUAAACCGUGGAAGUGUUGGUUAGGUCAGUGCAUACUAGGUUGUGUGUGCAGUUUUCAGGAUAUGUGGAAAUGAAAGUCACCCAGACCUACAACUGGUCGAAAAGCUAGCUACGCCCCUGCUCGGGAUAGAAAUAUCAGUUUACAUGAGUGUCCAUUGUUACUCCUCUUCAUACGAGUGAUGGAGCACUAACGGCGGAGCAGCCGCGCCUCCCUUACGGUGUAUCAAAACGCUGAGAACUGUUUGUAUACACGUUUCCGUGCCUAUUUUUUUUCAGAUAACAAAGUGUUGAUCGUGAUAGGCGGAGACAAUAACUACCGGGAUGAAGACGAACAAGGGCGGUCUGUCAUCUCGCGCUGGGCAAAAAGGAAGGUGGCUUCGCAGUUCGGUGAAGAGUAUCUGGAUGGAAGGCAAAGCUUUAUCUUCUCUUGGAAUGAAAAACACCGACCGAUUCACGAGGAAGCAAUGCGGCAUUACCUCGAUCCCGGGAAGAGGGGAUCCAAGUUUGAAUACACCCUUCCCAAACCCUUGCCGGAGCCCAUACCGCACGUGGAUCUUCGAUCAGCCAGUGCAGACACAGAUAUAAGCAGAGAGGUAGGCGAUAACCUCCUUCUUCCCUUAAAUUGUCGGAAUAAUUAAUCCUUUCGCUCGCCAAAGGCGAAUUCGAAAUUGAAAUUCUAUCUUAAGUCCUGCCAAGGACAUUUCAUUUGAAUGGUGACAACAUAGGAUUUCUUUUACAGAAUCGCGACCUAACAAGACUCCAUCAUCCACUCUGGUAGUAAAAAGGUUAAACUCCCCCCUUCCUCUUAACUCCCGCUUUUUUUUUUUUGAACAGAAGACAUACGAUUGAAGAAAUAAAAUUUAAAAAAAUUUUAAUUACAAGAAUUAUAAAAAAAAAAAGAAAUAAUAAUAAUAAUAAUAACUGGGGAAAUGGAACCCUUGACCCGUUCAAGGCACCGCCCUGUUUCUUACAAUUAAAAUUCUGAAAAUGAAGAAAUGAUCGUCGCAGUGAACGCAAUUUAUGCAAUUGCAUAAAGAAGCAAUUUACAGCCACAGUUGACCUGCUCCCAACGUCAGUGGAUUCAUAGCAGUUGGCAGAGCAUUGCACCGGUAAUCACGAGGUCACGGGUUCAUACCCCGUUGAAGUUUCAGGUUUCUUUACGAAAUUGCAUAAAUUGCGUUCACUGCGACGAUCAUUUCUUCAUUUUCAUUUCAUUUCCGCAGUUCAUACAUGAUUUAUUUCAUAUAUCAUUAACACUCAUUUCUUUCACGGGAACAUAUGAACCAACAAUUGACCUGCUCCCAACGUCAGUGGCUUCAUAGCUCAGUUGGUAGAGCAUCGCACCAGUAAUUGCGAGGUCACGGAUUCAAACCCCGUUGAAGUCCUAAAUUUUUUUCAGGCUUCUUUACGCAAUUGCAUAAAUUGCGUUUACUGCGACGAUCAUUUCUUCAUUUUCAUUUCAUUUCCGCAGUUAUGGUCCUUUCCAGGGGGGUUCAUGUUUGCUUGGCAUGUGCUGCUGGCCUCUCAGAGCCAUACCCCAUUAUAGUCUAUUCUGUGGCCAAUUAUAGACCCCACCUUAGCCACUCCGGUGCGACCCCAUCCAACGGCUCAUCCCCAUUAGCCUCUUAUAAGAAAGUACUCUCCCAAGCUUUCCCUCCUUUUAAAACUGGCAGCACUUAGUAGAAACCAAACAAAAGACGUUUUCAAAAAUUUUAGGUGUGCAAAAGAUAAUUAUGUUGUGUUUUUAUGGUGGACUACAGACUCACAGAAAACACAAAAUGGAAUUCUAAUUGUUAAAUAGAAUUCAAAUAACAAGUACCAUAAAAAUCUGAAGCUGUUUAUUCAUCAUAAUUCAAAGUUGUUGAGUCUCCUUGUCUAUCCUUUUCCAGGACUUUCAAGAUGCUAAUACACCUCACCGUAGAUCCUUCAACAACUUGGAAUCACAAAAAAGUGAGUUGACAUAUGAUUUGGACAAAGGCACUUAUGAAGGUGAAAUACUCUCUCUUUGGGUGUUUGGAAAAACAUAGUUAAACUUAUAUACUACUAUUAACAUAGAAAUACACCUUUUUUUAGGAUCUUCUCUUGGUUGUCUAACCUUCAUCUCUCACUGACGAACCACCCAUACGAAAAUCCGUAUUAUAGUUAUAGUGUUAAAAGUGUAGGUCUUUUGUUGAUCGUUGUAUCUAAUUACGCCGAUGUUUAAAGUUAUCGAAUCGUAAUCUGAUAUGAUAUGGAUGUUGGUAGAAAAGCUAUGCCUUGAAACGUUCCUUCUUGUAUCAUUAAUUGUGAUGAAAUACACCAUUCUUUGCGCAAAAAAAAUCAUCUUAUCUGAAAUUGUCGAUGGCCAGAUAGUUGUCAUCUGUAUGAUAUCAUUUCCUUUCUUUCCUUUCACUUGUUCGGCUCCAGCGCAGGCGUAUUUUAGCUUUUCAGGCCGACCUCGUUUCUAGGAUUCUCUCCCUUGAUCUCUUGCCUCGAGAAAGCAGGCUGGAGAGAGAACCCCAGGGAUUAUCGUCAGGUGUCCCCGCCCCCCUCCCCUUCGUUGCGGGGAUUAAGUAACAAGUCAAAAGAGCUUGUGCGUAGGACACGCUUUGUUAAGAAAUAGAGUCAGAAGGCAAAGUACAAUAUACACCUCAUAAACUGUGUGAUUCUUUCAUAUUCUAGCUUUAAAUAUGGGUGGUAGUGGAGUACCACCUGUUUACCUAGCAGGGACCGUGUUAUUGGAGACAUACGUGCGUUAUGGAAGCAUUUCAUUCAACCCUGAGGACAUCUUCCAGGAGGAAGGAGGAUGGCGACCAACAGCGAAACAGAUGUCAGACCUUAUGAGCGGCUUCAAGUCCAUACCUUUGGCUAAAGUAACUUUCGUCAGUAUUGGUAACGGAGGAGUUUCUUAUUCUGUUGUCAAGGUGACAAGUGACGAUUGGUGGGAGCGCGGUUUGUCAAGUUCCGGUAGAUUUCGACCGUGUUUUUCCUGGCUUAAGGGAAACUAUAAGGUCUGUACUGUGGCGUGCGUCCUUGGCUUGGUUGUCUUACUCUGGUAUUUGUGGAGUAGCGAGGAUUAGUUUAGGCGCGGUUAAUUGUUUACCAUAUACGAAAAGAUUCCGGAAAAUCUCAGUGGCGGAUCCAGGGGAGGGGCCCGGGGGCCCCGGCCCCCUUUACUUUUAGACCAAAAUGAGGCCCCUACCCCCUUAUCCCAGAGUCUGUAUGACCGCCCCCCCUCCCCCUUAUCUGAAAGUCUGGAUCCGCCUUUGAAUCUGGUUGAAAAGUGAAUGAAACUAGGCUGGAUUACCAGCCGCUGUUCGCGAUACGAGCCUAAGCUCCUCCCCGAGCGUGAUCGGUGGAACACCAUUUUUUAUGUUACUCCAGUGUAUUUCCGGGCAAAAUGUUCCUCGUUGAAACUUUGAUGCCAUUCAGUAUUUUCAGGCUUUCGCGGCCGUUAACUGAUUUGUGCAAAAGGUAAACGAGCCAGACCAGAUUUCUUUUGUAAAUCAAAAUGGUAAACGACUGUUGACUGCAGACAAGUCGCUGAGACUGCAAGUAGUGAUUACAUGCAAUAUCGUACCGACAUGGUGAUGAAAAAGACAACCCAUUUGUAGUCGAUGUAGUUCUGUCUAUCGGUGUCUAUCAUGAGAUCAGUCUUUCUGGUCGCGUUCAUUAAAAUUUACUAAUAAAGAAGAUUGAAUCUUUAUUGUUUUAUUAUUUAUUUUUUGUUUUUCCCCGACCUUCAUUGACUAAAAUAUCUCCUACAUUGGCGCCUUGAAAAAGCGUCAUGUUUUGUGACCCCAAGCGUGACCACUCAUAAGUUCGAGUUCGCAGUCCCGGAUGUCGUCUCAAAUUCCGGGAAAUUCUCUACCAAAGGGAUGACCUCCGCGAGCAGUAUUGAGGUGAAAACGACAUGGCGAAUCAGUUAAAAUUUUACCUUUUUAACUCUGACAACACUUAUAACUUAGAAGUAGUGGAGAAGUUUCUGCUUGACCUUGAGGAGAAAUAUGGCUUCAAAUUCUCGAUUGAUCGUCUUGCUUUUGGAUUGCAACGGAUGGGUGAGGUGUGCGAGAAGAUUUUACCCUCGCUGGUGAUGGACGUCGCUGUUUUUGUGGUUCAUGCAAACGAAUCUCGUCUCUCCAUCAACGAAGACAACGCUGGAAUUGGUUACGCGAGAAUCUACCGAGCUUUGCUUCAGAAAACAGGUGGGUUUCUGAAUGUUGUCCCUUCGUUUGUCUGACUCUGUUAACGCCGUUGUUGUAAACUAACAACACACGUAGUUCGCAAGUUUUAUGCUGUGGAUCCCAAGUAGUAAAACGUAAGUCAUGGCAAUGCCCGCAUUAAGAAAUUUCCUAAUAGUUAACGCAUAAACAUCAGGGGUACCCAGCGACAGUUUCUUCCUAAAUGCUUUGAAAACACUUUUUAGGUUAUCUAGAGUACUUUUAGAUCGCUAGAAAUGUAUUUUAAGUGGCGCUAAAAAAUUUAUAUCUGUUCGGUCAUCCUAGGGCAACUUGAGUACAAGGGCUUCAGUAUUAUUUUCCCGAAAAUUUUAGCUGCAAUUUAAAGUUUUACUAAAGUGAUAGUUUUUCUGAUUCCUCUCUGCAUCGCAUUUUCGAUUCCGAAAAUUUUAGGUUUCCUUUUUUCUACGAAAAAUGGGCUAACAUGGGGAGUGAAAUGGGAAAAAUUAAACUUCAGAAAAUCGUAGGGAAUUAAUUAAUUAAGCCCCGAAAAUUGUACAUAAAUGGAACGGUCAUCUAGAAAUUUUUAGCUUUCCUCAAGCUAUAGAAAAUUCUCAGGCAAUUUUUGCUUCUCCGAACAGAUAUUUCACAGAAAACAGUCGUUGGGUGCCCCGGUGAAUAUCAGAUCGUAAAUAAAACCUAAACUUACUGAAGCGACAUACCAGCUGAAUAAUUAUGCAUACACAGGAAAGGCGGAAGUACUAUAUGGCACCUUGUUUCUCUCAAAAUCAAUCAGACAUUGCAGCCUGUUCUGUGUUCACACAGUUAAGGUUCUUAUUGAUUAAGUACUGCUUCAAUCCGGCUUAUGUACAAAAAAAUUAGGAUGGAAAAUGGUGAAUCAAUGAAGAAGGCGUAAGAACAGAGCAUACGUCUUCAAGUACUUUCGAUUUCGAUCGUCACGAGUUCGCGUGUCACGGCAUGUCACCGAAAAAGGCGGAAGUAUUUCUUAGAAGAUUGUCACGCGCGAUAUCAGUUCUUGGAAGAUCUUGUACAGUCAAUGACAAAACCGGAAGCAUUUCUUAGAAAGAAGAGACACAUUGCUGUGAUCACCAAAACCGGGAGCAUCUCUAGAAAGAAAAAACUUUGAUAUGUACGAAGGAUCAAGGUACGAAACAAAGCUAAACAAAGGUGCCUGAUUCUGAUGGAUCUUGUCAGCAAAAUGUUUCUACUAGUAAACAAAACUAAAGAAGCAAUUUAUAUUUUCUUCCGGGGAUGACUAUCACCACAAGAAAAUUAGUUACAUUUUAGAAGGCCAAGAAACAAAAGAAUACUUGAUUUCCUGGCAAUAUUUGAACUAAAAGGAAAUAUGUCCUAAUUAAUCAUCUUUGAAGCAGUCAGUGGGGGACGCUCCACGGUAAUGUUGCGUUGAGCUAAAAAACUUAAGAGCUCAAAGUGUUGGUAAGGUCAGUGCGUACUAGCCAUGAGUGCAAUUUUUGAGGAUAUGUGGAAAUGAAAGUCAGCCAGGCCUACAACUAGUAGAAAAGCUGGCUACGCCCCUGCUCGGCAUAGAAAUAUCAGUAUUGUCACUCUUCUUGACAGGAGUGAUGAAGUACUAACCACGAAGCAGCUGCGCCUCCCUUACGGUGUAUCAAAACGCUGAGAACUGUUUGUAUACACUUUUCCGCGCCUAUUUUUUUCAGAUAGCAAAGUGUUGAUCGUGAUAGGCGGAGACAAUAACUACCGGGAUGAAGACGAACAAGGGCGGUCUGUCAUCUCGCGCUGGGCAAAAAGGAAGGUGGCUUCGCAGUUCGGUGAAGAGUAUCUGGAUGGAAGGCAAAGCUUUAUCUUCUCUUGGAAUGAAAAACACCGACCGAUUCACGAGGAAGCAAUGCGACAUUACCUCGAUCCCGGGAAGAGGGGAUCCAAGUUUGAAUACACACCUCCCAAACUCUUGCAGAAAGCCAUAGAACCUGAGGUCCCCCAACCCUCGCCGAAGCCCAUACCGCCUGUGAAUCCUCGACCAGCCAGUGCAGAUACAAAUCUGAGCAGAGAGGUAGGCGAUAACCUCCUUCUUCCCUUAAAUUUUCGGAUUAUUAAUCCCUUCACUCUCCAAAGGCGAAUUUGAAAUCGAAAUUCCAUCUUAAUUGCUGCCAAGGACAUUUCAUUUGAAUUGUGACACCAUAACAUUUUCUUUACAGACUCACCACCUAACAGGACUCUAUCAUCCACUCUGGUAGUAAAAGGGUUUUUAAAAACUCCCUUUCUCUUAACUCCCGGAUUAUUCGUUGCUAUGGUGGGAGAUAAAUGAGGUUAAGUUGGUUACCACCAGGUUCACACCUUAUUCACCUCUUUGUGGGUGGCCAGCAAACAGAACGGCGCGGUUUUACUUGUUUAUGUGUCUGAACGGUGUGUUCUUACUUCUUUGUGUCUGAACGGCGCUUUCUUACUUCUUCAGUCCUUGAGUCAGUUCCAUCCAUUUUCCAACUUUUGUGCCAUGCUACUACCAGCAUCUCAUCUAAAUAUAACUUAAGUAAGCCCCCUCUCCACCCUCUAUUCAACGUUGUUUUGGUCUAAAACCCAACAUGUACAAUUAUCUUGUCAUCCUAAGCAACGCUGGAGAAGGGAAGGGGAGAAAACGGGCAUCUUAAUUCAUUUGGCGGCGGUUUCUAUUUUUGCUAGGAUCACAGGAAAAAAAUCGGUGUUUUUGCGAUGUGUCUCAACAGGUUUUGCCCGAGGUUGUAGCUCUGGGGUCCUCUGGGGAAAUAUUCCAGGUAUAUAGUAGUUGUGGUUAUUACAUUUAUCGGUGACAUAGCUGAUCCUUUUUAGCCAGAAUAUCUUACUAAAGUAAUUACUAAAGUAUGAGUUAGGAAAGGUGUUUGAAGAGAGCCCUCGGUAUAUAGAAUUCAUCAAAACAUACCUCAUAAGUAAUCUUUUUCCUCGUAUAGUCGUCUUUGGUAAGAAGUGACAAGGAAAUCCUUAUCCAGGAGGACAGUGAAGAAGAUACUGGAACCCGCCGAAGAUCCUUUAGCGAUCGGGAUCAGUCAAAAAGUGAGUUGAGAUAUGACUUGGACAAGAGCACUUACGGAGGUGAAAGUCUUUCUGUUAGGAAGUUAUGUUAUAUCCGUUAAUUCUUUAAUUAUCAAAAGCCACGUAGUACUACUACCUAGUCUUCUUCGCAGCCGUCUUUAGGCUCGUCACGCAUGCUCCUCCUCUCGCCUUUCACUUCUCCUUUGUGAGGAGGAGCGUUGCGCGACGAUCCUGAAAACGGCUGCCAAGAGACUAAUUACUAGUUCAUGUCUUGAAAAACUCCGUGACCCCUCAAUCAGGUACAUGAAAGUUGCUCGUCCCAGGUUAUGGGCGUUUGUACUCGCCUAUUACUUCCCGCUUGCCCUUGCUAUCCGUUUGGCUGUUUCAGAUAACACCCCUUUCUAAGGUAACUGGAAUCCUGCUAAUAAAUAGAAUCCGGAAUUUAAGUUCUACUGACAAGGAAUUGGAAAUCCAGUCCCUGGAAUCCGGAAUCCACGAUUCACGGGGCAACAAAUAUCAUCAUUUAUAAAUGAAAAUGAUACUCGUAAUGACUAACAAAUAGAUACUUAAGUUUGUGAACCUUCGACAUUGGCAGCUAUAGGUACUGGUGAAACACCGCCAGCAACUUACCAAGGGGACGUCAUCCUACUGGAGACAAUAGUGCGACAUGGAAAGAUUUCUUAUGAAGAUGGGGAUGUCGUGCAGAGAGAAGCAGGAUGGCAACCUACAGCGAGACAGGAAACAGCUGUCGAAAACGACCUUAAGUCCUAUCCUGUCCACAUGGUGACGUUUUACCGCACUGGUAAUGGAUCAGUCUCUUAUAAGUAUGACAAGGUGAAACCUUCCGCUCGCACCGUCGACCGCGGCUGUUGCUCUAAAAUCAGAGCGUGCUGUUCCAGGAUUUGGAGAUUUAUGGUUGCUUGUUGGGGAUGUAUGGUUGCUUGUUGGGGGAUCGUUAUUCACUGGUUCCGGGGACGCUAA